UGAAAGUUUUGGAGAGGUUGCAGGGAGUUUCGUCGUCAUCUGAUCGCGCGGCCGAGGGAAAAAAGUUGGAGCUUGAUUUCGCGACUUUGGCGAUUUGGACAAUAACCUUAAUUCCCUGAGAGAAGAUUACAAAGGGAGUAAUUGAGAAGACCGAGAUGAGGUCAAUUGUUUCCUUACAAGCGCGUAACUGCCUGCGUCUCGCGCAGCGCAGAGCAGGAUACUUGAAAUGUGCCACUCCUGCUGCAAUGAGGUGGUCAUCGAGUGAGGCUCCUGCAAGACAAUGGAGUACUCCUCUCGCAAAGCAGCUUUACGAAGCUAUUACCACCACCGGACCAAUCCCCUUGGCAUCAUUCAUGCGCAUGUGCUUGACAUCCGAGAUGGGCGGAUACUAUAUGUCCAGCGCCGAAGGACGGGACCAAUUUGGCCAGAAAGGAGAUUUCAUUACUUCGCCUGAGAUAUCGCAGGUCUUUGGAGAACUUAUAGCUAUUUGGUUUGUGGCGGAAUGGAUUGGACAAGGGAGGAAGGAGAAGGGCGUUGAGUUGAUUGAGAUUGGACCAGGGAGGGGGACGUUGAUGGACGAUAUGUUGAGGACAAUGAGGAAUUUCAAACCCCUGGCAUCGAGCAUCGAAGCUGUGUAUUUGGUUGAAGCUAGUCCUUCGUUAAGGGAAGCACAGAGAAAACUUCUAUGUGGAGAUUCUCCUAUGACUGAGACGGAUAUUGGACAUCGGUGUGUCAGUAAAUAUGCUGGUAUUCCUAUAAUAUGGACGGAAAAUAUCCGCUUCGUUCCAUCAAAUCCCGACAAAACACCCUUCAUUGUCGCCCACGAAUUCUUCGAUGCUCUUCCCAUCCACGCCUUCCAAUCUAUCGCCCCUUCAGACUCUCUUCAGGAAAAGGACCCCGAAACCAUCCAAACACCAACAGGAACUCAUCAGCUCUCACCCUCAGCCCAAAACACUACCAGGAACCAGAAGAAAGGUCCCCAAUGGCGCGAAAUGGUCAUCUCCCCCUCGCCGCCAAACUCAACACACACCACCCUUUCCACCCCCAAAUCUCAACAACUUUCCAACGAACCCCCAGAAUUCCAACUCACCCUUUCCAAAACAUCCACGCCUCACUCCCUCUACCUCCCUGAAAUAUCACCACGCUACAAAGCUCUCAAACCCAUCCCAGACUCCCUCAUCGAAAUCUCACCCGAAUCACAUUUCUACGCUCAAGAGUUUGCGCGCCGUAUAGGCGGCUCUUCGACUUCUCCAAAACCAAAUCCGUCAGGUGCGGCGAUCAUACUGGAUUACGGACCCGCAGACUCCAUUCCUACCAACUCCUUGCGGGGGAUUAAAGCGCAUCAACGCGUCUCACCACUCAGUGAGCCAGGCCUUGUCGACUUAUCAGCCGACGUUGAUUUCCUAGCUCUUGCUGAAGCAGCGCUUGGAGCGAGUGAAGGAGUUGAAGUCUAUGGACCUGUUGAACAAGGGAGUUUUCUGAGAGCGAUGGGGAUUGAGGAGAGGGCUGGAGCGUUGGUUAGGAGUGUGAAGGGGAAGGCUAUUGCUAAGGGGGAGGCGAGGGGGGGAGAAGAGGUGGCGGGGAGGAUUGAAGGGGCUUGGAAAAGAUUGGUUGAUAGAGGGGGAAGUGGGAUGGGGAAGGUUUAUAAGGCUAUGGCUAUUGUGCCGGAGAGUGGGGGGAAGAGGAGGCCGGUUGGCUUUGGUGGUGAUGUGGAUGGUUAGAUGGGAGGUUAGCAUAGAUGAAUGGGGUGGAAGAGUUGUAUGUUAGUGUAACAGGUAUACCUCCAGUCACAGAGGUAGAAAUGUUGCUGAAAGUGAUGUGACGAAGCGAGUUCAAAGGCACCCAUAUUUACUUCUCGCUAACGCCAGCCGAAAUUCGGAAACGGCCCAAGUUUUAUUGACAACGAC